AUGGGCCAGAAGGCAGGCGACCUUGGCUGGCGGCUCGGCCUUUUGCUGCUCUUCUUGCUCCUGGCUCGAGCAGGCGUCUGGGGAUUCCCGAUGCCCCCAGGGAGGCCUCCCCUGAGGCUGCAGGAGUUGCAGAGGGAGUUCAAGGUCAGCCUGCAUCUCGCCAAGAAGCUGCUGUCCGAGGUUCGGGCCCAGGCCCACAGCUUUGCUGAAUCUCAUCUGCCAGGAGUGAACCUGGACCUCCUGCCCCUGGGAGAGCAGCUCCCCAAUGUUUCCCUGACCUUCCAGGCCUGGAAAGGUCUCUCUGACCCAGAACGACUCCGCUUCCUCUCCACAACACUUCGCCCCUACCAAGCCCUGUUGGAAGGGCUGGGGAGCCAGGGGGUCUGGGCCAGCUCAGAGAGGAUGCAGCUGUGGGCCAUGAGGCUGGAUCUCCGUGAUUUACAGCGGCAUCUUCGCUUCCAGUUGCUGGCUGCAGGAUUCAACAUCCCUGAGGAGGAGGAGAAUGAAGAGGGGAAGGAGCUGCUCCCGGGAGCUCUGGGUGGCCCCUCACAGCUGUCAGUGCAGGUGCCCUGGCCCCAGCUCCUCUACACCUACCAGUUGCUGCACUCCUUGGAGCUUGUCUUGUCUCGGGCCGUGCGGGACUUGCUGCUGCUCUCCCAGGCUGGGAAGUCAGCCUAGGUCCUGGGGGGUCCAACACUGGCUGUCUCCCAGCCCCGAUGGAGUGAUUUCUUAGCCCCUUCCCUUUACCUGUUAGGACUUUAGGACUGGAGUCUGGGCCAAGAGGACAGCUCCAGCUCACUGCCUUAGACAAGGCAAGACUCUACCGACCUUCCUCCCCAGACCCUACCCAAUAACUUAAGGCCCCUCCAGUCCUUGCUGGAUAUUUAUUUCUUGGAUAUUUAUUUAUUGUUUAGAGAAAUUAUGGUUUAUUUAUUGUUUCAGGGCCUGACGUCCUCCAGCCAGGCCACCAUGCUAGGUGCCUAAUAAAGCACUCUUAACCUCUCUCUGCCUUGGCUUCUUUUCAGAGAAGGAAUGUCUACACCCAAAGUGGGUCUGGAAUGGAUCCUUUAACAUCUGACUGCUCUGGGCCCCUCUCUGUUUCUAUAUUUUGGGGUUCCUGGCACACCUCCCACUCUGGCUUGCUCAGUUGGUGGUUACCAUAGUAACCAGCAGAGUCCUGAGGCUCAGCUCCCAUUUUGGAACCUCAAGGCAGCUGGUCUGUUUCCCAUCAACCUUUGAUUGCAAAUGGAGCUCCUUAGGCCUUCCUGACCCCUUUCCUCUAAGCUGACUUCCACCCCAGAGGUUUGCAUUACUCCUACACAGCUCUCUGAGGGCUUGGAGAGGGGCCUGGGGAGCAGGGUGGGGAGCAGAGGUAGUCAGAGGGAAGGCUACGGGGAGAUCUGUCUCUGUCCCCUCUCAGUCCUCCGGGCAGCCUCAGAGACAGGGUGGGGAGACAGUCAGGACAGGCUGUGAAAGGAGGUCCAGCAGCACUGGAGAGUCUGACUCCUUAAGUUCAUGGUUCUUGAAGAUGUCUGGUUCUUGAAGAUGUCUGCUCCAUGAAUGAAACACCAAGAAACUAAGGCCCACGGGGUGGAAAGGUUGCAUC